UAAAUCUCUAAUAACAAAGUGUAGAAUUUAUAAGUGUAAAUAUCAUAAGUCUUCUAGAUUAAUCUCUACUUAUUGAUCUGUCAUGAUGAAUAUGACGAUAGUCAGUUACCUUCUGAUUGUCUUCGUUUCACUAACCAAAUAUUUGAAUACAUGUUUUUACUUUAGAGCAAUGCAAUUUGUGAAAAACCUACCUUUUAAUAUUCAAUUACCCCCACUACAGUUUAUAAUAAACUUGAUAAUUAACAAAAUUGAUAAGUUAUAAUAUCCCAACGCAGUACAUUUCUGUGUUGUUGUUAUCAUAAGCAUAGAAUUUCAACAAAAACGGAAUUUAUUUAAAUAGACUAUUUGCAGUUACCUGUAGAAAUUUUCGGAAGUUAAGUUUCCAUGUAAAUAUAGCAUUCUAAUAUGCGUAAUAGUUGUGUCUACCGUUUUUUUAACUUUAGUUCACUAUUCUGUUUUUUGAUACUAACAAAGUGUAUAUCAAUAUUUUUGAUUUCAAUUCCUUACAUGAUUCUCCCUGUAACAUUGUGAAUCCUCUCCAUCAUUCUUAUUUUGUUGUUUGGUUGGAAUAUAGUACUCAUUUGAUGGACGAAUACACAUUUAUGUUUGUAUGUGUGUAUGCAUGACGAAACAUAAUGUCCAUGUUUCACUUAUCUUUGAUCAUCACUUAUUGUCACUAUUAACGGUAUGUAUCAUAUUUCAUGAUACGAUUUUCUUUGUUUUUAUAAAACCUAUUCUGUAAAUAUCCCUUUUUUCUAUAUAUAGUGCUUGCUCUCAACAAGCUGAGCAAGUUGAUGGAACUCUUGUUAUGCAAUCACAAAAUUGUAAAAGUGAGUUGUUAUGGCAAACUAUUACUGACAAGAAUAAUCCGGCGUUAUGGAAAAUGAUAUAUGUGGAUAUUCCAUUUAAGUCAUCAUUGGGUUUCCCUUCAAAAGAUUACAAGAUCAUGCACUAAAAAGACUGUAAAUGGAAGAAAAGAAUCAUUAUUGUGUGAAAAUGAAAAAUUAUGGACGUCAGAUUAUUCAUUUCAUACUCAAAGUGAAUUGUUAUCCUCAACAUCUUUAUGGAAAACAAUUACUCUAUCAUUGAUUGAUUCAAAUGAACAAAUUAUAACUGAUUAUAAGCUGAUAUUAGAAGGUACAAUUCCUGCUGGCUAUCCAGAUGCUAGAAUCUGUGUCGAUAAUAUUACUUCCUAUACUGAACCAUGUAGUGCUCUGGAGAAAGCAUCUGCACCAUUGCCAAGUCAAUGGAGUUGGGCACAAUACUUUGGAUUGACAUUUGUUGGUGCUUUAAUCUUAGGUUUAUUAAUACCAGUGUUGUUUUUGGUUAUUCUGAUUUGGGCUUGUCGUCGCCGUCAUCAUGCUAUGCACUCAAACUAUACGAAUAGUAAAUUAUUUUCUACAAAUCUAUGGUAUUACAUCGGUGGCAAAGAAAUAUGUGAUGAUCCAAAUGGUUUUCGCGGUAGUUCAAGUUUGUUACGUUCAAAACAAUUUAAUUCACCGUCAGCAACUGGUACUUUAUUGAAUGGUGGUGGUGGACAUCAUCUGAUGUUGAGUAAUGCUGAUGUAAUGGAUUUACCUGAUGUAGUUGUACCAGGUGGACGUGUAGUAGCCUUUAAUUAUUCUGGAAAUACUUUAGGCGGUAACACACUUCGUCAUAAUCAUAAUAAUGCUGGAUAUACAAACACAAAUUAUCUAUCAAAUGCACAAAAUGGACAGGUUAUGCUAACAAAUGUUAAUGGGACAGUUUCAUUGAAUAAUUGUGGUACAAAUGUUACUACUGUUGCACGUACUGGUCAAAAUGCGAUGCCGUUAGUAUCAAAUGAACUUAUUCAACAACAGUCACAAAGUCAACAACAAAAUGAAACUUAUAAUUACCAAACAAAUCCAGUUUUCGGGGAAUCUGCCUCUAUGGCACUGAUGACAGCUAGUCAAUCUCCAAUGCUGAUGACACAAUCUAUGGCACCAAAUUAUGGUUCUGAAGCAAAUCACAUUGCUCAGUCAAAUUUUUCCAACGCUAAUACUCAACAAAUAAACCAAUUAAAUUCAAAUGGUCAAGUAUACAACAAACCAGCAGUACCACCAGCACAGCAACAACACCAACCACGUGCACAAUCGCAAUAUUUUCCCCGACCCAACAAUCUCAAACGAAUUUGA